CAACCCAUUCGCUUGAAAGGGACCAAAGCAUCUAACCACAGAUAUCCUCUCUUCCUGUUCGAUUUUCAAGAAACAUGGCUUCCACUAAGCCGUGGUCUGCUCCUUUGAUCUUCCUUCUCCCGCUCCUCUGCUUAGAGUUGGCCGCUGCAACUGUAGUCAUAAAGCCAGACAAGAACGUCACUUUGCCCAAAAUUGUGAAGUGCACGGUUAAGCAGUACAAACUUUGCUACUCCAUCCCUUUAAGCUGCCCCAUUGCCUGCCCCAAAACUUGCAAAGUGGAUUGCACAAUCUGCAAGGCUGUUUGCGAUUGCGAUAGGCCUGGUGCAGUGUGCGAGGAUCCGCGUUUCGUGGGUGGGGAUGGAAUCACCUUCUACUUCCACGGCAAGAAGGACAAGGACUUCUGCUUGGUCACUGACACCAACCUCCACAUCAAUGGCCACUUCAUUGGCAGGAGAGGCGAUGGCAUGAAACGCGACUUCACUUGGGUUCAAUCGAUUGGAGUCCUCUUCGGCACUCACAAACUCUUCGUUGGUGCCAAGAAGGUCGCUCGAUGGGACGACGCGGUUGAUCAACUGGUCAUUGGUUUCGACGGCGAGCCCCUCUCACUUCCUACCACAGAGAACGCCGAGUGGACGGCCGCCGACUCUUCCCUCACCAUCACUCGCUCCGGCUCAACCACCAAUGAAGUAGUGCUGGAGGCACCCAACAACUUCAGGAUCGCGGCCAAGGUGGUUUACAUCACCAAGCAGGACUCUAAGGUCCAUCGCUACGGCAUCCCCGACGACAAUUGCUUCGCUCACCUGGACUUGGCCUUCAGGUUCUACUCUCUCACUGGCAGCGUCAACGGCGUGCUGGGCCAGACCUAUGCGGAUAACUACAAGAGCCGAGCCAAGAUUGGCCUGAAGAUGCCCGUCUUGGGCGGCGAUCGCGAGUUUUCCUCGUCCGGACUUUUCACCACCGACUGCGCUGUGGCAAGGUUCAAGGGAGUCGAGCCCAGCAGUGUGGAGGGUGCGAUACUGGAGAAUGAUGGGGAUUUGAAGUGCAAGACUGGCUUCGAUGGCCGCGGCAUGAUCUGCAAGAAGUGAAAAGAUUAUCACCUUCAAAUAGCUGGUUGUUGAGCAGUCCUUUCAAUAAUGUGUUUCUCGAUCGUGUUUUGGUUUACCCAUGUCAUGUGGAAAUAAACAGGAAAGGGAUAAUAAGGCGCCGAGGGAACACCUCUGCCGUUUCUUUCCUGCUUGAAUGUGUGUUGGAUUUCUUUGUUUUUCCUUCGACUGUUUUUUCGUUGUCAAAAGAUUUGGCUGCUGCUU